AUGCCUCGCGAGGCCUACCGUGCAGCCACGGGCGAGCCCGCGCCAGGAACCGCCAAGGAGGGCGACAGGAUUCCUUUCUUCGCGUGCGGCAUCAGCUCGGUGAUGCACCCGUGGAACCCCUUCGCCCCUACCAUGCACUUCAACUACCGCUACUUCGAGACCGACGCUCCCGAUGGUGCCAAGGACGCUCCCCGCGCUUGGUGGUUCGGCGGCGGCACGGACAUCACCCCCUCUUACCUCUUUGAGGAGGAUAUGAAGCACUUCCACGGGAUCCAGAAGGCGGCGGUGGAGAAGAUCGAUCCGGCUCUGUACCCGAAGAUGAAGGAGUGGUGCGACGAGUACUUCCUCAUCAAGCACCGUGGCGAGCGCCGCGGCUGCGGUGGCAUCUUCUACGACGACAUGAACGACCGCGACCCCGAGAUCCUGUACAACCUCGCCAAGGAGUGCGCCAGCGCCGUCGUGCCGGCAUACGUGCCCAUCGUCGAGAAGCGCAAGGACACGCCCUACACCCCGGAGCAGAAGGAGUGGCAGCAGCUGCGGCGCGGGCGGUAUGUGGAGUUCAACCUGAUCUACGACCGCGGCACCAUCUUCGGGCUCAAGACCGGCGGCCGCAUCGAGAGCAUCCUCAUGAGCAUGCCGCUCACCGCCCGCUGGGAGUACAACCAAGAACCCGCCCCCGGCACCCCCGAGGCGGAGCUGCUCGACGUGUGCAGGCACCCGCGCAACUGGGCGUAA